UUCUGUGGUAAAUUUCAAGCACUUCAAGGAGCAAAAGAAGGCGCCGACACGAAGGGACUGGGUUUGACUCUGUGCAAGCCAGCGUGAUUGCUCUCUGCAUUUGGUCCUAGUCAUCUCAAGUGGUCCCGUGGCUCCUUCGUAAUCGCCCAUGCCUACUUGCGAACUUGAUCACAGCCAGCAAUUUGAAUGGAAUCGAUCCACUCCUUAAGUCUUGUCAUCUCAAGUGGUCCCGUGCCCCCUUCGUGAUCGUCCAUGCGUACUUACGAACCUGAUCAAAGCAAGCAAUUCGAAUGGAACUGAUCCAGUCCUUAAGUCUUGGAGAGGAAGCUGCACUUUUGGGAGAGACCAGCUGCCCAUUGAAAGCCACUGAGGACAUCUGGUUUGGGUGCUGUUCCUGCACCUAUGUCACCAGAGAUCAGCAUGGGAUUGUGAACCACCUGGUUUCUCAUGGUGAUGAAAAAUACGAGUCCCAGCCCCCUCCUAUGUCACCUGCCUCUAGAUCCGAAGUGCUCAGCAACACUCAAAAGCAGAAAAGUGAUAGGUUAUUCAAGUGCAAGCUGUGCCCUCAAGCAUUUUUUUGGAAUUCCUUGCUGAUCCACCAUAUUCAGAAACACACUGGUGAAAAACCAUUUAAGUGUAAGCUGUGCCCCCAAACCUUUUCUGAUAAUUUUCAUCUAACAAGGCAUAAUCUAACACACUCAGGUGAAAUGCCAUCUAAGUGCAAGCUCUGCCCCCAAGCCUUUUCUCAAAAUGGCGAUCUUCUCUCCCAUAAUCAAACACACUCAGAUGAAAAGAGAUUUAAGUGCAAGCUAUGCCCCCAGGCCUUUUCUGAUAAUUCUCACCUAACAAGGCAUAAUCGAACACACUCAGGUGAAAAGCCAUUUAAGUGCAAGCUGUGCCCCCAAGCCUUUUCUGAUAAUUCUCAUCUAACACGGCAUAAUCUAACACACUCAGGCGAAAAGCCAUUUAAGUGCAAGCUCUGCACCCAAGCCUUUUUUCAAAAUGCUGAUCUUCUCGCCCAUAAUCGAACACACUCAGGUGAAAAGCCGUUUAAGUGCAAGCUAUGCCCCCAAGCUUUUUCUCAGAAUUCCACACUUGUCCGUCAUAAUCGAACACACUCAGGUGAAAAGCCAUUUAAGUGUAAACUGUGCCCCCAAGCGUUUUCUGAGCAUUUUAAACUGACCUGCCAUAAUCGAGCACACAGUGGUGAAAAGCCAUUUAAGUGCAAGCUGUGCCCCCAAGCCUUUUCUCGAAAUUCUCAUCUAACAAGGCAUAAUCUAACCCACACUGGUGAAAAGCCAUUUAAGUGCAAGCUCUGCCCCCAAGCCUUUUCUCAGAAUAAUGCUCUGAUCCGCCAUUAUCGAACACACUCUGGUGAAAAGCCAUUUAACUGCAAGCUGUGCCCCCGAGCAUUUUCGCAGAUUUCAGAUCUGAGAAGACAUAAUCUAACACACUGUUGAAAAGUAAUUUAAGUGCAAGCUGGUGCCCCCAGACCUUUUUUCAUAAUUUCCAUCUCAUCCACCAUAAUCAAACACAUCAGUGAAAAACCAUACAAGUGUAAGUUUUGUCCCCAGGACUGCUCGGCAUUCCAGGCUGAUCCGACAUAAUCGAAUACAGACUGGGGAGAAGCCAUUUAAGGGCAAGCUGUGUCCCCAAGCAUUUUCUGAGAAUUACAACCUGAGUGAAAGCCAUUUAAGUGCAAACUGUCCUCAAGCCUUUGCUAGUAAUUCCAGACUGACCAGGCAUAACCAAACACACACUGGUGAAAAGCCAUUUAAGUGCAAACUUUGCAUAAAAGCCUUUGCUCGGAAUUGUCAUUUAAGAAGGCAAAAUCUUACGCACACUGGUGAAAAGCCAUUUAAGUGCAAGCUGUGCCCAUGAGCCUUUUCUCAUAAUAGCUCUCUGAUCUGUCAUAAUCGAACACACUCAGGUGAGAAGUCAUAUAAGUGCAAGCUGUGCUCCUGAGCCUUGGCUAUUUCUAAUUUAAGAACGCAAACUAACACACUGGUGAAAAGCCAUUUAAGUGCAAAAUGUGCCCCUAGUCACUUCUCAGAAAAUCAGUCUGAUCUGCCAUUAUCAAACACCUGGGUAAAAAGCCAUGUAAGUGCAAGCUAUGCCCCCAAGCUUUUUGUCAGAAAAGCAAUCUGAUCUGCCAUAAUCUAACACACUCAGGUGAAAAGCCAUUUAAGUGCCAGCUGUGCCCCCAAGCUUUUUCUCGGAAUUCCAGUCUGAUCUACCAUAAUCAAACACAGUUGAAAAGCUAUUUAAGUGCAAGCUGUGUCCCAAGCCUUUGCUGAAAUAUCCUAUAUGAGAAAGCAUAAUCGAAUACACACUGGUGAAAAGCCAUUUAAGUGCUAGCUGUGCACCCAAGCCUUUCCUAGUAAUCUAAGUAGUAAUCUGAUAAAACACAAGCACAUGGCUUAGAAGCCAUAUAAAUGCAAGCUUAGACCCCGAACCUUUGCUCAGAUUUCUCAUCUCAGAAGCCAUAAUCAAACAUGAAAAGCCAUUUAAGUGCAAGCUGUGCCUGCAAACCUUUUUGUUAGAAUUGCGAUUUGUACACAAUCGAGCACACAGGUCAAAAGCCAUACAAGUGUAAGCUUAGUCCCUAAGCCUUGGCUCAUUCCGAUCUGAACUACGAUAAACAAAUACACAGCUGUGAAAACCCUUAUAGUGCAGACUGUGGAGUUGCAAAUUUAUGAACCACACCAAAACACUCACAGGUGAAAAGAUAUACAUGUACAAGCUUUGUCCCCAACCUUUGCUUCGAAUUCUCAUCUGGCCCACCAUGUCGUAAUGCACACAGGUAAAAAGCCAUUUGAGUGCACGCUGUUUCCGAAGCCUUACUUGAGAAUCGAAAUCUGAUGAACCAUAGGUGAAAUAAUGUACAAGUGCAAGCUUUUCUUUGAAUUUUUUCAUCCCUCCAUAACGAGUGCACACGGGCGAGAAUGACGCAUUUCAAUCCACCACAAUCAAGUGCAGUUACACCGAAAGGUUUAUGAAUCAGCUGCAAGUUUAGCCUUCCAUGCUUUGUAACAUGUGGAAUCAUUUGACUCAUGCAGAUAUAUGCAGUUCAGAUAUAUAAAUCCAUGCAGUGCCCUAAAUUGACUGGAAUACAGCACCUUACAAAUGACAGCAAUGUUUCUGUGCAUUUCUUAAUGCCUUUGCCUUGUGGGGCAUCUGACCAAAGCACUGGAUGACGAACCUAAUGGCGAUUGCAUUAAUCAGGUGGCAGGGAGUGGGCCUUUGCACUGUCGACUUCUCAGAACGGUUCGUUGUAUAUCCAGUAUGGUUAUCACAUUCAUUGUGCACGCAUAGCGAAACUCUUGCAUUGCUCAUAAGCCUUUCGUCUAAAAAAAUGCUACUGUUUGUAAUCACACAAAUGUGUUGAGGAGUACGGAGCAAUUCCUUGCCAGAACUGAUGAAGAGGUUGGUCAGUGUAAUGACAAACCUUCAACUUUUUCAAUAGAUUGAAAUAGGUCCGUGUUUUUUACUCCUGUAUAUAAAAGAUAUGCGCUUGUAAAAAAUAAAUGUGUUACCCAAGUUUCAAUUUAAUUAUUUAAAGAAAUAAAGUGUGUCAAUUUCAAUUCCUAUAGUCUUUUCUGCUCUUGCAAUCUGGUACUCCAGUGUGGAGGAAUUUUAUAGGUUUUAAUUUUUACAUCCCGUAGCAUGCCUCUCCAUUUUAGCAAUCAACUCGGCUGUCAACCUAUUUCUGAGUGUGUGUGUGUGUGCACUGCAGUGGUUCGUGCUUCCAAUUUGAACCUUGCUAUACUUGGGGAUAACUUUUCUUGGCAAUGCAGUCAAAGGCACUGGCACUUAUGCCUUCUCCAAUUUUAAGCACUGAUGGAACUUGCACGAGCCCUCUUCUCCAAAAGGCCAAGAAAAGCUGUCCCCCUAGUAUAGUAUUCCCACACCACCAAGCAGAUUUUACAAUGGACAGCGUGCCAAUUUUGAAUGCUCCAUAAUGUGUGUGCAACGCUGGUUUGAAGAGCGAGGUAGAGAGCUGAACUGACUUGAACUUGAUCAUGUUCGAAGUGUUCUUGCUUCCUUCCCUGCACUGGAAUCUUCAUAGUCAUGUAUUUAUAUGAGACCUGCUUUGAGAUAUUGCUCCUGUAUUUAGGUGGGCGUAAUUUUCUGUUGCUCCGUAUUCUUGUUGCCGAUAGUUGUCUCUGUGUAUCUUUGCCGGAAUUCUGGGACCGUAUGCCAGACUAUGUUUUUUGUACUAAAAUGACCAUUUUUUUUGCAUGGUUUACUGCAUCCUGUGUAUUGUUGUGUGCUUAGUAUGCAUUGUGUAAUACAUUUGUAUAUAUUUUCAUUGUGGUUUUCUUUUCUUACUCUCGUUUGUCUCGAAUAAAUUCUGCAGAUGAUAAAUGUGUAAUCAGAGUUCUGUAUCGGUGUUCCUCACAAAUAAAGCUAGACAGUUCGAGUGUUGUUUUCCAGCCAUUGCAUAUCUUGGCAGAGCAGCUCUCUGGGCAGUUCUUAUUUUGCCAUCCUGUACCACGCUGGGACCUCACUGU